AUGACAGUCCCAGAAGAAGUCGACAUCAUUAUAUGUGGAGGUGGCAGCUCAGGCUGCGUUCCCGCCGGCCGCCUCGCCAACCUUGAUCAUAAUCUGUCUGUUUUGCUGAUUGAGGCGGGGGAGAACAAUCUGAAUAAUCCAUGGGUCUAUCGUCCUGGUAUUUAUCCAGUGAAUAUGAAACUCGACUCGAAGACCGCGUCAUUCUAUCACUCCCGCCCCUCGGAGCAUCUGGAUGGCCGUCGCGCCAUCGUUCCAUGUGCCAACAUCCUUGGGGGCGGAAGCUCAAUUAACUUCAUGAUGUAUACUAGAGCAUCUGCCUCAGACUACGAUGACUUUCAAGCGAAAGGCUGGACUACUAAAGAGCUGCUCCCUCUCAUGCAAAAGCAUGAAACAUACCAGCGUGCCUGCAAUAACCCCGAGCUGCAUGGAUUUGAUGGCCCCAUCAAAGUAUCUUUCGGAAAUCAUACGUAUCCUAUUGCACAAGACUUUCUCCGCGCUGCUGAAUCUCAAGGAAUUCCAGCCACUGACGAUCUUCAAGAUUUAAAGACCGCCCAUGGGGCUGAACACUGGCUCAAGUGGAUCAAUCGUGACACUGGACGACGAAGUGAUGCGGCCCAUGCCUACGUGCAUAGCACUGAGAUCAAAGCAUUCCAAUCUUCACCUUCAGUGCAAUACCAAAUCCCCACAAAGCCUCUCAAUGGAGGGCAGCCAAUUCGCAGAAUAUUUCGGGCGCGCAAACAAAUCAUUAUAAGCGGCGGAACACUCAGCUCCCCGCUGAUUCUGCAGCGGUCAGGAGUCGGUGAUCCAGAAAAGCUUCGCCGUGCUGGGGUCAAGCCCUUGGUGGACUUGCCCGGAGUGGGGCGCAACUUCCAGGAUCAUUAUCUCACCUUUUCGGUUUACAGAGCCAAACCGGACGUGGAGACCUUUGAUGACUUCGUUCGAGGGGAUCCAAAGGUGCAAAAGAAAGUGUUUCAGGAAUGGAACACGAAGGGGACCGAGGAGCUGAACGAGAUGAAGAAGUGGCCGACCCCUGAGUUUGAAAGUGGGUGGGAGUCAUACUUCAAGAACAAGCCGGACAAGCCGGUGAUGCACUACUCGGUCAUCUCUGGCUGGUUCGGAGACCAUAUGCUCAUGCCACCGGGCAAAUUCUUCACCAUGUUCCAUUUCUUGGAGUACCCAUUCUCUCGUGGUUUCACCCACAUUCAAUCGCCGGAUCCCUAUGAGGCGCCCGACUUUGAUGCAGGAUUCAUGAACGACAAGCGCGAUAUGGCACCCAUGGUAUGGGGCUAUAUCAAAUCCCGUGAGACGGCCCGAAGAAUGGAGGCAUACGCCGGAGAAGUGACUGGAAUGCACCCUCAGUUCGCUUUUAAUUCCCCUGCUAGUGCUCGUGAUCUCGAUCUUGCAACUACCAAGGCCUAUGCUGGACCAAAUCAUAUUUCCGCAGGCAUCCAGCAUGGUUCUUGGUCACAGCCUUUGGAGCCUGGGAAACAGCCAGCAGCCUCUAUUCUGAGCUCGAACAGGCACGAAGACCGUGGCUCUCUUGAAUACACGAAAGAAGAUAUUGCACACAUAGAGAAAUGGGUUCAACGUCAUGUCGAGACCACUUGGCACUCUUUAGGUACUUGCAGCAUGGCACCACGGGAAGGAAGCUCCAUUGCGCCCCACGGAGGUGUGGUGGACGAGCGUCUGAAUGUCCAUGGAGUGAAAGGUCUGAAAGUCUGUGAUCUUUCGAUCUGCCCAGAUAAUGUGGGUUGCAACACUUUCAGCACCGCUCUCCUUAUUGGAGAAAAGUGUGCGGUUUUGACCGCCGAAGACCUCGGGUAUUCAGGAGAGGCUUUGCAGAUGAAGGUGCCGACCUACCAUGCCCCAGGAGAAGUUGUCAAUCUCGCCCGGCUAUAA